UGCAAUGUGUUAUCUAUGGUGCAACAAGAGAAGUGUCAACAAAUAACUUUCAUUCUCCGCUUUGUCACACCAACAGAUAUUAAGAUGUCUAUAGUCGUUUACAAGAGAGAAUCCUGCGUCGACAUCAUACCAGAAGACGAUUAUUAUACGCAGACAGAGCCAAAAUAUACAGAGGACAGACCAUUCGGUUUUUUCGACCUGCCUUCCCCAGUAUGCACGGAAGUCAUAUCACACCUCAGCCUGCGGGACACGAGGGCAAUGGCUCUCACCUGCCGGGCUGGUUGGGAGGUCACCAGAGACCAGUUGAUGUGGAGGAACAAAUUAUGGAUCCGAGCCAAGGUAGUAAACUUAGGUCUAAUUGGGCCCCAUAUUUCACCCUGCCCAAAUGCAGACAUGUUAGUACGUGACCCCCUGCUGGUGAACAAUAGGUUGCUCUACGAGAUCCUCGAUCCAGACUCUGACAUCAAUGAGAAUCACGAAGACUUGGACAUCGGAAACUUGCUCUCCAAGAUGGCAACGCCAACGCCAACCACAAGCUUUAAUGAGUUAAUUGAAAGCUUCUUUAGUAUGUUUCUUACUUCCCAGCCACAUUCUCCAUCAGAUCCAUUCUCAAAGGGUGAAGGCGCACCAACAUUCCUCCUCUUCGGAACCCCGGAGACAAGGGUGUCGAAAAAGCUGGCCUUGAGCUUCAUUGCUUCAAAAGACUCGACUUUUGACACCGUAGGAUUGGUGAAGGGGAAACCAGGAGGUGUUGGUGGAGGUGUGACAGUGAAGUACGCACACCAUUUAAUGAACCUGUUGACUGUACGGAGAGCUCGCCCGAGGCUGCUUGUGGAGGGACCUAAAGGAACGACUUUCCACCCUGACGUGGCUGAGGUUGUGACACGUGUUGAUGGCUUGAUAUGCUACAUGGAUGCCUCCUGCAACUGUGAAUCAGGUGAUGGAGCUUCAAAUUGUGGUAGCCAGAACAGCUGCAGGGACGGCAUCCACAGCAUCGAUGUCUUGGAACUGGAGGCAAUGAUGCGAACCAUUCCCCCAGACCUGGCCCCACCUGUCCUUGUCCUUCUAGCACACAUGGAUGACCCAGCCACCCUGGCGCGGGACUUGGACUCGUGCGACGUCCCGCAGCACCGCCCAGCGAGUACGACCAAAGAUGCAGGUUCCUACCACGACCCUGCCACGCAGAAGCGCCACCGUCCUGCCAUGUUGUACCCCAUCCUCAGCAAGCUGGAUCUGCCAUGGGCGGUCUGCGAAGUGGAGGUGAAGUCCCUGUCCGGCGUGCACCGAGGCCUCAACUGGCUCCUCAAACGCACGCUCAAGCUGAAAAACGGUUGAAGAGGAGGAGCACCCGUCUCGCUCACUCUCUAAAUCUAUAUCUAUUUUAAGUGAUUAUUGUGAUAAUUUUACCAGUGUUUUCUAUGAAGAGUGUUCAAUGUCAGUGUGGUCCAUAUUUUAUAAGAAUGCUUUUAUUUUUUUGUGAUAUGAAAACUUGUGUAUGGUGAUAUUCUUGAUAUCUGUGAAUGACAAUGAUUGGUCAUGUGAAUGUGCAGCUAAUAUAUUUCUUCAUUUUCUUGGUCUGUUAUAUAAUCCUGACUAUAUCGUUUUUAUAUGUUGAAAUCAUGAUUUUAAACUAUCUUCUUCCGACAUUGGCAUUUGAAUAUCCUGCAACUGCUCUAUGAUAGAUCUCCCUGACAAAGAGUUAAACCUACUCAAAGAAAGUUUGCCCAGAACUUUGUUAUUAAUGUGAUACUGCAUUAUUCUAUCCUUUGUGUGAUGAUAGUACAUUUAGCAUUAAAUAUAGUUAGAAAUUUAUAGAAAUGAUGUUUGGUCUUGAGAUUUCAGGUUUACCUGACAUAUUACAUUAUGAAGAAUAAUCACAGAUGAUGGGUGAUGGCUGAUUAUGUCAAGAGCUUAUGUCCUGAUUCCUGGGAUGAGGUCUGGUGUGUGCUACCAUGUGCUGGACAGUUGCCCAGGCAUGGAGCUGCACACAAUGAUAAAUGCCCAUAUUUGGCUGACUUUACUUAAUUUUCUUUCUUGUUGUUAUUGGGAAUAUGAAAGUAUUGGAUUUUUUUUUUUUUUUUACAAUUAUGAAUUCAGAUGUUUACAAACUGAAUUUCACAUAUAGACAUUAUGAAAAAAUGUAUUACUGCUAAACAUAGAUAAAACUUUGAAAACAGAAUUUAAGUUGCAGUUUGUAUCAUCAAAAUCACUUGAACUUUAUUAGUAUAUAACCUGCAAGAUGAUAGGUGCACUGAAGCCGAUGUCAUGGCUUAGUGUUUUGUGCAUAUCUUCUAGUUCAGAGUGCCAGUUUUUUUUGUUUGUAAGUCACAGCUUAUGUUAAGAAGCGCAUCCACUCAAACAAGGGAAGCAAUGUGAAGACCACAGUCCCAGUUGAGUACUUCUGUACUUUCAGAGACAGAAUUAACAUUGAUAAAACUAUUGCAAGUAUGCCUGUGUAAUAUCAUGUCAUAAUGAGUACGUGCAACAGAUCCAUGACAGAUAGAAUGUAUUGUAUUUACUUUUAGGCAUAAUUUUUAUUAUUUAUAUUUAUUAUUUCAAGACAGUUGAUGUUCUGGAUAUCAGAAUAUAUGAAAGAAAAGAUUCUCUAUGCUAUUUGAACUGCAUAUCUGUGUGUUGUAUUACAUGCUGGUAAUGUAAAAGCUGCCAGAUCUUCAGUUAUGUUGUGUGUUUAGGGAGCUUCUGAGGUGCAAAGACUGCUUAGUAAAGAAGGUACAUUUGUUUGCAAACACAGGAGAAAUGUCUUAUUUAAGCUGUUUAUUUAUUCCAAGAACCAGUGGAAAAUAAAUUGCCAGGAAUGCAAAGAAAUAAGUAGGUAACAAAUGGAUGAACUGAAUGUUAGGGAAAGUAAAUAAGGAUUAUGUUAGAAAUAAUUCUACCAAAACCAAAUAUAUGGGGCUUAUUUGUUUCCUAGGAUUAUGGCCAUAUUUUUAUAUAAUUCUAAAUCACUUGGCAGGAAGUGCCCCAAGGAUUUGCAUACCAAAGGUUAGAAAAAUUAGAUGUUAUAGUAGGUCGAAAUAGCACUGGUAUACUCUUUAGCCUUUUUUAUAGCUUGGAAAUAAGGUUGUCUCCGUGAUUUCUCCUUUUCUAGGGUUAAAGACUAAAUACACUUGCGAUAAGGCUAGUAAGGCAGACAGUGAGCAGGGCAGGCUACCUGCUUCUCAAGGUAUAUGGUGUAAGGUUUGUGCACGUCGUCUGUUUGUGUGUUUGUAUGAUUAUGUGUGUAUGGGUUUGCACAUAAAAUAACCUUUUUUUUUCUGAGAAGGUGUAAGGACAAAGGUUUGAAAAAAAAAUUACAGCCAGUUGAAUUUCUGUUCUGUUGAAUAUGAGAUCCUAAUUCCAACUUAUGAAUAAGACCAUUUCCUUUCAUUAGUCAGUAACAGCAACAAGCAGCCCCACAACAGAUUAUUCAGUGUCAAAAACUAACCCUUUUUCCUUCUUUCUUUCCUUCUUUCUUUCCUUCUUUCUUUCUUUCUUUCUUUCUUUCUUUCUUCCUUUCUUUCUUCCUUUCUUUCUUCCUUUCUUUCUUCCUUCCUUCCUUCCUUCCUCCCUCCCUCUUUUUUCUUAGUUUUGUUGUCUCUGUCUCUCCCUGCUCUGUCCUUCCUUUUCCCAAAUGCCAGGAAAAAUUAAAUUGAUGACAUUGACUAAGUUUAAAGGGGUACUGCAUACUCUAAGAAAAAUUUGCAUAUGAAACAAUGUGUUGUGAAAUAAAAAUCUUGUCCCGAACCAAGCCAUUUUAUGAUGGUAGUCUUCAGCUGCAACUACUUACUUUAAUAUAUAAAAAAAGUUUCAUGAUUUAUUGUUGUACGCAAGAUUUUGUGUAAUGUGUUUUAGGAGACGUAAGUGAUGUUUUUUUUUCUCCUUGUUUCUUACUAGUUUGAUUUGACUUCAGUGUAACUUGCCAAUGGUAAGUUGCAGAGUCUUGCAUUGUAGACGUCUGUGUGCUUGUACAUAUGUGUGUGUGUGUGUAUAUAUAUAUUUUUCUAGUUAUCAUCAACAACUUGUGAUCAACUUUUUCUAUGCUUUAAGGAAAGAUGGAUUUUCCUUUUUCUUGUAUGAUAUUAGUUAGACAUUUUUAUUUAUUGAUUGUUUUUGUAACAUUUUCUUUUUGUUGUUAUUCUCUUUCAAAAGAUAUUUUGCUGAUUGCAACUAAAUUUACUUGCACUUGCAGUAUAUUUGUGACCAAAAAAUAAAGUAACAUAAAAUCAUAUUGAUAAGAAAAUUACCAAAUAGAUAUGAAACCUGCACGUCCCUCCAUCAUUAUGAGGAUUCAAGAAAUUGACAUCUAUUUAAAAAUAAAUGUUAAUAUGUUAAUAAAAUUUUUUAAAUAAAUAUGAAGCCUACACACCCAAUUACUGUAAUAUUUAAAGGUCAUAUUGCUAGUCUAGGCUUCACAGUGGUGUACCUCUGGGCAUGCCUGUUAAGCUACAGAUAAUUCUGUACAGUUGCCUUAAUAAGUUCCCAUAUCAUUGUGUUGUAUCCUGUCAAGAUGUUGCUCUGGUACUGUAGUAAUGUUACAAUCUAUGAGUAAAUUGGCAUUUUUACUAUAGUGGCAGAUGUGAAUGCAGGUUGUAUGCCAUGUGUAAUAAUGAUGGUCAACAAUAUAUAUAUGUGGAAAGGGUGAAAGCAUUAUCAGAAUACAGGGGAUACAGGAACUUUUGAGGAAACGGUACUAAGAUUUUCAUUUGAUAUUGGUACUUACUGGACAGCAGAGU